AUGUCCAGCCAUCAUCUUCCGGAGGAGAUCUUACUGGAUAUAUGCUUGAGAUUACCAGUGAAAUCCAUCGCAAGGUUCAGUAACAGUGAUGGUAAGAGCUCAGUGCACUCCAUGGCCAGUAGAAGUGAUUCUUCGUUAUCAUUAUCUGAUUAUGAAACCCUUGAAAUUGAUUAUCCAUUCAAGUCUCAGAAGCCAUUAGUUGAAAUUAUCGGUUCAUGUAAUGGCUUAGUCUGCUUAGAACUUAAUAGGCGUGAUUGGAGCCCUAAAUCAAGUCCUGAAUCGAGGCUUGGGGGUGAAAAGGCAUACUCGUAUGGAUUUGGUUAUGAUUCCAAAAAUGGGGAUUAUAAGUUGGUCAGGUAUGAACUCAGCGAACAUGUAAUGUUCCUUUCAAAAUGUAUCAUGUAUACGUUAGGAACAAAUACAUGGAAAAAAAUACCAGCUGUACGUUAUGAUGUAAAACCUGGGGUGCAUCUUGAUGGAAUUCUGUAUUUUACUGCACUUCGCACCCGCAAUCAUGGGGAUGGGUGGAUAGUAUGUCCUUUUAUAUUAUCUUUCAAUGUCUGUGAUGAGAGUGUCCGUGAAAUAGAACUACCUGAUGGUUUAGUUGGCAAAGUCGGACUUAGUUUGAGUGUUUUUGGUGAGAACCUUUGCCUGAUCUGUGUCAUAAAUGGUGUUCAUACUGAGUUAUGGUUGAUGAAAGAUUUUGGAGAGAAUAAAGGAAAUUGGACUAAAAUUGUCACCAUUGAUAAAUGUCUAAAGGGCGUUAAUUAUUUAAUGCCUUUACAUUUUUUCAAGACGGGUGAAAUCCUUUUUGAGCUACUGGGAGAGGAAGUUGAGGAGGAACCUUUGCCUAAUGGUGUACUUUUAUAUGAUCCGAAGCAUAAAAGGAAUGCAGCCCUACAAAUGUGUGGUACUCAUGAGUUAUUUGGCAUGCAGAGUUCUGUUCCAAGCUUGGUUUCUCUUAAGUCGGGUACUUUUGUGGGGGCAGGGAACUCAAGGAAUUGUAAAGCAAGAAGGAAGGCAGGGAACUCAAGGAUUUAUAAAGCAAGAAGGAAGGCUUGA